UGAGUCAGAGGUCUGCUUCAUUUGUGGUCUGUGAUAGAUAUGUUGUUUUAUUAAAAAUUAAAAAUGCUUAAGUUAUUAAAACAAGAACACAGUUUACUGACUGAAAAUAUAUUGAAAACAUUUACUCAAAACCGCAUUGUAACCUUAUUGGAUUUUCUUGAAGAGGACGUUGAUAAGUUGUCAACAUUAAGCAAAUUAAGCUUGCCACAAGUUUUAGAAAUACGAAACCAUAUUCUUGCGAAGUACUCAGCACCGUUAUUAAACGGUACAAGUUUAUAUGUAAACAGAUUAACGUGUAAACAGUUCAUCAGAACUGGAAUAGAUAGUUUAGAUGAAAUUUUAAGUAAUGGGAUUCCUGUUGGAUUUAUUACUGAAAUAUGUGGCCUCGCUGGAUGUGGUAAAUCACAAUUAUGCAUGCAACUUGCAAUAAAUUGUGUAAAUAAUACCUCUUCUGUACUCUACAUUGAUACCAAAGGUGAUUUUUCUGCUGUAAGAAUCCAAAAAAAUUUAGAAUCAUGUGGGUUCUCUCAUAAGGAAAUGGCAAUCACAAUGUUACAAAUAAAAAUUAUACACAUAUGGACUAUGGAUGAUUUAUUGAAAUUGUUUGCGGAACUUAAGAAUGGUAUUCUUUUUAUUGAGAACUUGUCUCUGAUUAUAAUAGACUCGUUACCAAGUCUAAUGUUUCAACAUUUUGGGGAUGAUAAUAAAAUAGGAUUAAAAUUUUUGAACAACUUUGUUAACUACGCAAGACAUUUGAGCAAAACAUUACAAAUAGGAAUUGUAUGUGUCAAUAUUCAGACUCGCUGGAUUGAUCAAGAUUUAGUAGAGCUUGAAGAUGAUAACCAGGCUACUUCUACAAGAGAAACAAUUUACACUGAAAAGUUGAAUAGAUGUAUGGGCAAAUACUGGCAAAAUAUUCCUAAUAUAGUACUCCUUUUAGAAAAAUAUCAAAAUUCUAAUGAAAAUGUAUUUACAAUAAAUGUGUCGCUAAUUAAAUACAAUAAUCCUCAUAUCAGUAAAAGAUGUCAAUUAGAAGUAGGUAUGUUUGGAAUAAAAUAAGAAAGUAGUUAUUAGUA